UUCUGAAAUCCUGAAACUUCUAAAAACCGAACAAUUUGUUCGGUCCAGAUUUUUUCCCUUCUAUUUUCUAUUAAUAUAAUACUUCUGAAUUCCGGAACUUCUAAAUUCUGAAUUCCGGACGAUAUUUUCGUAAAAUUAGAGUCAAAUCAAUGCAAUUUUACCUCCGAAAACCGGACAUAUCCAAAGGUGUGAAAUACACUGAAAAUCGUGAAUGUUUACCCUGCAGGAAGAUUUAAUCUCCCUGUCGAUUGUUUAAUAAUUAGCGGUGAUCGUGUAAUUUGACACGCGUUAAAAUCACAAACUGUGAAAUGGUAUGUUUGAAGUAAUGCGGUUAAUUGAAGUAAUUUACGGCGGUCAGUUAAUUUGAAGUGUGUAUUAGCGGAUUAAAUGACAAUUAAUUGGGUUAAUGUAUGCAUCAAACCUCUUUAAGGAUUUUAUUGCAGUUGAUGUUAUAAUUAAUUAAAUAGCAUCGGACAAUAUGUAAGUUUAUGCAAUUAUCAACAUUUCUACAAACUGAUAGAAAUUCAAAGGCAUUUGCAGGUAAGAUAAAAAUGAGCAAACUUUAAUUGAUUAAAAUGAAGACAGAACAAUCUUUAAAUAAUGGUCUUUUCAGAAAUUUGCAUUAGUUUCAUAGUCAUAAUGAACGAAACACCUUCUAAACGUCGUAGAACUGAGCUGUCCCUUGAGGACAAAAUUAAGAUAAUUCGUGAGUCUGAAAUGGUCCCCAAACCAACAUUGAAGGUUUGUGAAGAUUGUUUUUCUUUUUAAAUGAAUGAUCUACAUGAAAUGUUUUAUUUUCUGUUGAAAUGAAAUACCAAUGUUUGUGUUUUACUGAAUUUCUGUUAUAAACAAAAAUUGCACUAUUUUAAUAUUUUCUUCUUUUUUCAGGUACUUUCUGAAAAGUAUGGCAUAGGAAAGUCAACAGUAGCAGACAUGUUGAAAAAGAAAGAAACCUACAAGAAACAUUGGGAGUGUAAUGCUUCCCCCAGUAAGAUGCGUAUUGGUUAUGAUGCAAAGUAUGAACGCUUGAAUGAUCUUGUGUGGCAAUGGUUCUGUGUUGUACGUGCUAAAAAUAUGCCACUCUCUGGUCCAAUUAUUAAAGAGAAAGCACUUCAGUUUGCUCAAGAACUUGGAAUCACUGAAUACAAAGCUUCUAAUGGUUGGUUAGAUAAGUGGAAAGAGCGCCAUUCAAUUAAAGAAUUUAAAGUUUCUGGAGAAAGUGCUGGUGUAGAUACUGAUGUUGUAAAAAAUUUCAAAUCGCAAAUUCCUGAAAUCAUUGGUGACUAUUCUUUGGAUGACGUAUUCAAUUGUGAUGAGACUGGAUUGUAUUUUAGAGCUUUGCCAGAUAAAAUGUUAUCUGUGAAAGGGACAGCAUCAAAAGGAACUAAAGUGUCAAAAGAUAGGAUUACCGUUAUGUUUGCUUGUAGCGCGUCUGGUGAAAAAUUGAGACCAUUAGUCAUUACAAAAGUUGAAAAUCCAAGGUGUUUUAAGAAUGUCAAAAAAACAGAACUGGGUGUAAAGUAUGUGGCUAAUAAAAAAGCAUGGAUGAACAAUAAGGUGUUUACUGACUGGCUUGUGGAUUUAAACUCUGACAUGCGCAGACAAGGUCGCAAAAUUCUCAUGCUGUUAGACAAUGCUUCAUCACAUGGAAAACAAGAAUAUUAUACUUUAUCAAACGUAGAAAUCAAGUUCUUGCCAGCCAACACGACAUCACAACUACAACAAUUGGAUCAAGGUAUAAUCCGAACAUUCAAAGCGUGCUACAGGAAGUCAAUGUUGAGAUCACUGUUCAGUAAAAUGGAUAGUGCUGAGUUAGUGACUGAACUUUGUAAAACCGUGUCUCUUCUUGAUGCUUUCGGUUGGGUUGUAAAAGCAUGGGACAGUGUUAAGACUGACACAGUAGUGAAGUGUUUUAAGUCAUCGGGAUUUAGCUCCACACAUUUUGAGAUGUCUUCUGAUAAUCUUGUUAAUGAUGAUGAGUUUGAUGAUGAUGAUG